AUGUCCGAAGAACCCACCGACGAAGAGAAAAUACUCUAUUUUGAAGAACGCAACAAAGACCAGAAUGAAUCAAUAAUAUUCUUACACGGUGGCGGAGGCAGUCAUGUUGAAUGGAAGUUGGUUGCUCCUCAGCAAUCACUGUCCUCUCAUCACCUAAUCCUCGUCGACCUCCCAAUGCACUCUGGAUCUUGGGAUAUCGGGCGUCCUCUCACGCUCGCAUCAGCUGCUGACGAAGUAUGCAAAGUCAUUCAAAAGCACGCCCAUGGCGGAAAAGCACAUGUCGUUGGCCUAUCUCUGGGAGGUUUCAUUGCUCUCGUUCUCACAUCUCGCCAUCCCGAGGUCCUGCUGUCGACGUUUGCAACCGGUGCUUAUCCUUACAGAGGGAUGUUUAAGUGGUUCAUGGAGCACCCCAUGGCGAUGUCGAUUGCGAAUUGCAUCCAGAACAUCCCUGGCGUGCUUGAGGUAUCGCUGCGAUGGCAGGGAAUUGACUACGAAGAAUGGCUCGCCGAAACGAAGAAGAACACUUCACCGGAGAGGGGCAAUUCAGCGGAGAGGAGCAAGGCGAUGAAUAAGGAACUCAGUGCCUUUAGUAUGGAGGACGUCAAAGCUGUUGCAUAUUCUGGGGUCAGGACUUGUGUUAUUGCGGGAGGGAAGAUGGACCAGAUUGAUCCUGUACGAGAUAUGGGUGUUGUUCUGAGAGAGGGAGGACAGAAGAAGGGAGUCAAGAAUGAGGCUGUUGUUGUGAGGGAUGCGUAUCAUCCUUGGCAUUUACAACUGCCAGAGUUGUUUGCUGCUGGAAUCGCUGCUUGGGUACAGGAGAAAGAGCUGCCUAAAGAGUUUGAGAUCUUGUAG